CUGUCUGCGAAGGGAGCUCUGGUUUAGGAAGGGAGAAUGGACAAGUUUCGGGAGUACAAGAUCGUGCCUGAUAUCAUUGACGAUCGGCCAGUGGAAGUGUUGUCGGUGCAAUGGAAGAGAACUCGCACAAAGUGUUACCCGGGUGAUACGCUAACCCCGACUCAGGUCCACACCAUACCCGUCAUCGAUUGGCGUGCCCGCCACGAAUGCCUCCACACAAUCGUGUUCGUCCACCUCGGACCCGUGGGUGAGCCGGUCGACGAGGAGCUGCAUUGGCUGGUCUUCAACGUCCCCGGAGAAAACAUGGUCAAGGGCCAGGUCCAUGCCGAGUACCUUGAAUCGGGCCCGGCGGAAGGAACGGGAUUUCAUCGCUAUGUUUACCUGGUGUACCGUCAAGAAAGUAAGAUCGACCCGUUUUCCAAGUUUCCCUACAAGCCCCGGCGACUCGACGGCCGAAAGCCUUGGAACACCCGUGAAUUCGCCAAGAAGUGUAACCUCGGUGAACCGAUAGCGGGAAACUUCUACCUUGCCGAGUUCGAUGAAUCGGUUCCCGGGUUCAUCCAGGAGAUCACUGGCAGCACGGGCCACUUCUUAGACGAUUCAGACUGAUAUCGAUAUAAUAUAGUGACGAUCACGAACAAUAGGGAGUUUACGAUUCAUCACUUUUUUUGUUUUGAAACAUUUUUUUUUUAAUUUUAAUAUAUUCAUAAUCAAACAUGUCAUAGAUCUAUAACAAAACAUUACAAAGCGAUAUAAAUAUUGCAAAUAAUUAUUAAAGGUAACAUUUGAUCGCACUUACUGAAAAUUACAUAAUAACAUAAGAUUAAUGUUACAAAACAUUGUUUAAUACAUGUACAUACUUGGAAAAGAAAAAAGGUAAAAUAAAAUAUAUGCAUUUAUUCGUUACCCUAAAUCAACCUGUUCCCAUUUCUGAAGAUGUAUUGCCAAUUGUGCAAUCUUAUAUCCCUCUUCCCUAUAUUUUCUACACUCUAAAAAAUGAAGUGCUAAUUCAGCUCUUUAAAAGCAUUCACUACACACGCUCUUUUUUUAUCAUUAAUAUUCCAACGGGUGGCAAAACAGCUUCCUGCCUUGCAGAAUAAAUCUCUUUUUUAACUAUUAAAAAUCACUGUAUCUAAACAUUUUAUCCUAUUUGAACUUCAAUCAAUCCCUAACAAAAACGUCUUCCGUGGAGAGAUUCUCAAAUUCUUUUAACCUUCAUUUAUGUCCAUUAUUUUUCCAAAGUGCUUGAACAUUCGGGCAACUUUAUAUUAUGGCGUUCAUCCACUGGUAUCUGGGGCCCGAAGCAAGGGCCACUUCUUAAACGACUCACACUGAUAUCGAUAUAAUGUAGUGACGAUCACGAACGAUAGGGAGUUUACGAUUCAUCACGGUACCAUGGGAGACGAAAGAACUCGAAGAACAACGUCAGCAUGGCAAUGAUUUCAAUCGGAAACCGUAUUACGCAUGCACAAACGCUGACCAGUUUCGUCUCAAUGACAUUAUUAAUUUCAUUUCAUUUCUUUUAUUUCCAUUUCCAACAUUCAUGGCGUUAAAGCAAAUACGAAUAAGCAGCUUUUAUAUAGCACCACCUCAAGUCCUAAAGUACUCAAAUCCAGCCAGGUUCCUAUCCCAUAAUGCAACUUCUGAACAAUAUAGUCUCGAAAAUAUGCCCCCUUGAAUGAUAACAUGCUAACCCGCUAUUCAGUACACUCGUAAGUCGUAUAUACCAAACAUAUUUGUGUUACAAAGGAGCAAAAUAUAUACUUCCCUCUCAUUAACAUUUGUUUUUCUUUUUUGAUAAAAUUAGUGGCAAUUCAUUAUCUGAAUUACCUCAAAAGGUAUAUUUUUAAGACUAGCUAUUUAUUUCAAAUAUUCAAUGACAGACCACAGUGGUGAUCCGUUACCUAUUUAAAUCGUACAAAAUGGCGCUGGUUCUGUGAACGGGAUGUGUCGUUGACAUAUGGAAACCCAAGUGGACGUUGAGAGCCUGAAAUGCUUCACUAUAGGUGUCAGGGGCCUAAAACAUUUCCCAUAUACUCGUGUGUUAAACUAGCACUUAAAAAAAAUCAUGAAUGAUAAGGAUGAAAUUCAAGGGUCGAAUGUUUACUACCGUUGGGUAUAUAGGUAUAUAUCUGACAAUCCAUAUCUGACGAGAAAAGAGUCCCCCGACCGGCUUAUUUUAAAAAUAAAUCGGCAUUAAUGAAGACAUCUCCCGUGGGAUCAAAUUCAUCACCUGAAACAGCAAAAUAACCCUAAUCCUUCCGCCAGUCAAAUAUAGUUCUAAAGUUGGUGAUACUUCUU